AUGUCCAAGCCAAAGACCAACAACACUUCCCUCUCCGCCACCACCUCAAUCCCUCAAAUACACCAUCCCACGAGACUACCACAAUAUACUAGCCUGAAGCAUUUACCUGCAGCCGUCAAACUACCAUCAGUCGUCAAGUCUUUCAACCUCAAAGUCGAGGUUGGCACCGAUGGCACAGUCCCUGCAUUCCUACACCUACCCAAGAACUAUCAAAACCAGCAAAGCACAGCCGCAAUCUUACUUUCGGGCGCUGGUGGUGGUGUAGCAGGCCCUUCUGGUAUCUACAUCAGUAUGGCGGACAAACUGGCCUCGUUGCAAAAUGGUCUUCCUGUUCUGCGCAUGGAUUACCGCAUCCCUGCUCGCAACAAGUAUUGCGUUGCCGAUGUACUAGCGGCUAUGGACUACCUCUCCGCUCAGUAUGGCGUUGGUAGAUUUGUUCUGGUCGGUUGGUCUUUUGGCGGUGCUCCUGUGUUUGCGGUUGGUGGCCAGGACUCUAGGGUUGUGGGAUGCGCCACUAUCGCUUCUCAGACUGCAGAAACAGAAGGAAUCAGAGCGGUGGGAAGAAGAGGUGUACCAGUACUGCUCCUACACGGUACUGGUGAUCGUACGUUGAGUCCGCAGUGUAGUGAGAGAUUGUACGAUAUGUAUGGAUCCAAGGGACAGAGGAAGGUGCAUUACUUCGAGGGUGAUGAUCAUGCUCUUACGAGGAAUAGUGUUGAGGCUGAGAAAAUGCUGUGCGAGUUUAUUGCAGGUGUCGCCGGCUCCAAGAUCAACGAUACUGAAAAAGAGGUGGUAAGCAAGAGUCUUGUUGACGAUGGAGAUAAGGUCGAGAUGAUGAAAAAGGGCGGUGACUUGAGGGGUGCUGAGAGUAUCGAGUAG